CACGCUAUUGGGGGUUCGGUGGUAAUUUGUAGAAUUUCGAAACCAUUGGUGAAUCAGCGAACGCAUGCGUCCUUGUGGGGAUUCCUGCUUCAGGAUAAGUCUUCUCCUCCUGCUGCGUUAGCAGGCUCAUAAAAUAUCGAGCAGUAUCCUUGCUGCAGAGCAGUUCCCCACCCUAAACUCACAGAAAGAGAGAGAGAUUCAUUCAUUAGUUUAUUUUAUCAUUUUCCUAAGCUACGUUUUGCAAUUAAAACAAAUUCACUUUGCGACUACCAGUUUUGCGAUUUGCGUUAGUGUGCUUCGUCCAGUGUUACAAGUUCUUUUAUUUGUUUGUUGAUAGUCACUGCAAGUAUAUAGAGUCGCUUUCGGUCAUUCUCGAAUUUGGCGAUUAUGCUGCAGAUUUUUUAGCAGUUGCUAAAACUUCCUCCGGAUUCGAUUGGGGUAGAAAACUCCUCAGCAGAGGCGUGUACCACUACGUAUGGCACGUUACCAAUUGACGAUUGACUACCGGCAAUCGCCGCCGUUCAGCCGCAUGAAAGACCCGAAAUAUCGUAUUGUGGGUCUCGCGUUAUUACGCAGACAGUUUCGCAGGGAUCUGCAAGAGUGGCACUCGAAAAGCAAAAGUAAAACAACGACGACUACGUCGGUAUUGACAUGCAGGAGGAAGCAUUGAAAGAAACCACCGCGUUAUCCGGUGGCAGUUUCUACGGGGUGAAUAUAAUAAACGGGAUGUCGCCGAUAACGUCGCCCCUGAAAACUCUCGGAGAAGAGAAUACGAAGUUGCUGAGGAACGGAAAGCAGCCAGAGACGGAGAAAGCGCCGUUGCACGUGCAGUUCGAUGGGGAUAAGCCCACGAAAGAGGCCUUGCCUACACCUCAGUGCCUAUCCAGCGGCUCCAGUUCAAGUAGUUCCAGCAGCAGCGAUAGCAUCGAGAUAACAGAAAGUAGGCCUCCAGAUGGAGGCUGGGGCUGGGUUGUUGUUGCCGCAGCCUUCGUAGUAAAUCUGAUCGCGGAUGGCAUCACCUUCAGCUUUGGAGUCAUCUUCGUUGAGUUCUUGAACUACUUCGGGGAGAAUCGCGGUAAAACCGCCUGGAUCGGAAGCUUGUUCAUGGCCACGCCUUUGUUAUCAGGACCAAUAUCAAGCUUCCUAACUGACAGAUAUGGGUGUCGUCGUGUUACGAUCGUUGGGGCGAUAUUGUCGUCCAGCGGUUUCGUAAUUUCCUCCAUGGCCAACAGCAUGGAGGUCCUCUUCCUCACUUUCGGAGUCUUAGCAGGAUUCGGUUUAAGUUUAUGCUAUGUGGGUUCCGUUGUAAUAGUAGCUUACUACUUCGAUAAAAGGCGAUCGUUCGCUACAGGCUUAUCAGUCUGCGGUAGCGGAAUUGGAACUUUCGUUUUCGCUCCGUUGUCCCAAAUGCUAAUAAAUGAGUUCGGAUGGAGAGGGACGACGUUGAUCCUUGCAGGACUAUUCCUAAAUUUGGCCGUCUGCGGGGCGCUGAUGCGCGAUCUGCCUUGGACGCCCAGUCACAAAGCGAAGAUCCUGAGGAAGAAGAAUAAGAUCCUGAAAAAACGCAAAAAUGGCUCAUCCGCUGACAGCUUUUCAGUUAGUAAUAGCACAAAUACAGGCAGCGUUUUGCAGCCGAUUCUAGAAGAGAAACUCGAAGAUACCUUGCUCGAUACAAAUCCGGAUCGAUUAAGUAACUCCAUGGUGAACCUUCCGACUUACGUGAAGAACGGCGAUAAAGUACCUAUCGAAGUGAUCGAACUGCUUUCCACGCACAAAAACGUGUACAAUGUGCUUCUGCAAAAUUACCCGAAUCUUCUGACACCAUCGCGUAGUUUUAGCGACUCGGGUCGUCUGAAUGAGAUCCAUCGUCAUCCGCCCAUCCAGAUCCAAUCCCCGUUAGCUACCACAACUGCCCAACAACAGCAACAACCCAAUUCAACGACUUCCGAUGCCGCUUAUCUUUGGUGGCUGAAGAGAAACCAAAUAACACCACCAAAAAACCCACAUAAGAAAAUCGCCACGACGGCGGCCUACUUGAAAGACAUCCGCGUGCACAGAUUGUCUUUGACUUACAGAGGAGCCAUGCUAAAUAUUAAUAGGUACAGAUUGAGGGCUUCGUCGUGUCCGGAUAUAUACAGGAACUCGAUGACAACAAUAGCUAAAGAGAAAAGCGACUGGCGAACAAUGUUCCGUGAAUUCAAAAUCCUUCUGGUCAACAUAUUCGAUUUUUCAUAUUUCUCCGACCCCAAGUUUCUGCUAUUCGCUAUUUCGAAUUUCCUUCUGUACUCGUGGUAUGACGUGCCCUACGUCUACUUGGCCGAUAAUGCGAUUAACAUGGGCUUCAGCGAAGACGAAUCUUCUAUGCUAAUUGGGAUUAUCGGUAUCGUUAACAUGGUGGGAGAGAUUAUCUUGGGAUGGGCAGGGGACAGGCCCAGCUGCAACGCCGGUUUAAUAUAUGCAGUCUGCAUGUGUUUCUGCGGUGCCAUUACCGCUCUGAUUCCAGUUUUAAAAUCGUACAGCGCUCUGGCCGUUGCCUCUGGCUUAUUCGGACUUUUCAUCGCUGCAAACUAUUCGUUAACUUGUAUAAUACUCGUGGAAUUGAUCACUUUGGAGCGAUUCACGAACGCCUACGGUCUCCUACUCAUGGUUCAAGGAGUCGCCAAUCUCAUCGGUCCACCUCUUGGAGGCUGGCUUUACGAUAUCACCGGAAAGUACGACUUGUCAUUCUAUUUAGCCGGAUUUUUCAUCGCUCUCUCCGGCUUACUUCUGGUGAUAAUUCCAGCUACGAAAAGGUAUCGUCGAUUCCAGACUCUCCAGCGUCAAGCCUCUUCGGAUGGUUCGAUUGGUGGAGAAGAUCCACCGAAGGAACCAAAGUUCUACAAUAUAUUGGCCUCAUGCAUUACCGGUCGUAUAGACAAGGCCAAAGAAACGCUUCCAGAAAACCACGUUUAGUUUGAUUUAGAAACCCAAGUAGGUCAAUUAACUAUUUUCAAAAUUUUGCACAUUUACUAAAAUCAAAUCGUUUCGGGCCAAAAUGAAAACAAAUGAAUCUUUCAAUCUAACUAGCUUAGAUACCUAUAAAACUCAGGUUUAUACAUGUAAAAAAAUAUUACUUAGGUAUUUAAGAUAUAUAUAAUAUUGAAUUGUUGAGAUUUUCUCUUGAAUUUUUGUGUUCAUCAUAUUUGCGUAUUGUACAAUUUAUUUGGAAUGUUUCAAAAUUGUUGAGAGAGAAACGGUGUAGAAAAAUGCCUAUAAUAUAUAUAUUAAUACAUUUAUAUAUAUAUUUGAGAAGGCGGAUGUUUUCUAGAGCAGGGCUGUGUUUAAUCGUUAGUAUAUAAGAAGAGUCUCCUAUUUCAAUCACUCGAGUGGAAAGGGACGUUUUUUGUUUCACGUAGGCUAUAUGAAAUAAGCACUGAUCAGAAUUGUUAGUAACAUAGUUUAGGUCGUAGCUAGAAAUUAUUUUUGAAUCCAAGUUUACGACACGAUAUUAUAUAAAAAAAAAUUAAUAAUAAUAAACAUGAAUUUUGUAAGCAUAUCUGUGAUUAAAACUAAAACUAUGCGGAAAUAUUUUACAUUUUCGUAUUAAAUUUGUACGUAUUUUCGUUUCCCCAUUUGAAUGUUAAUUUUAAGCGUACCAAGUGAAGAGAUUUUCGACAUAGUUGAUAGGUUUAACGCAGAACUGUAUAUUUCAUAGAUCAGUUACUCUCUUAGAUUCCUUAGAUUAUUGCCGCCACCAUUCGCAUUCAAAAUGAUGCGCCAAGUUGAAUUUUAAUUAAACGACAAUUUUUAUUUUAUAUAUAUAUUAUGUAGUUCCAUAACAUGAAUUUAUUGUUACGA